AUGGAGUUGGAGAAUAUUGUUGCAAAUACUGUGUAUAUAAAGGCUAAAAGAAGUGGAGAUGAUGGAGACAAAGGUCGAAGCCGAAAGUGGAAGACAUUAUUAGCCUUCCCUCACAUAUCUAAUUGUUCAUACUUGAAGAAAUGUUUAGAUUUGAGUUAUGAUUUUAUUGUGGAGAAGCAGCCGAUUGGAAAGAGAUUGUUUCGGUUGUUCUGUAGGAGCAAUAACUUCAUUUCUGAUGUCGUUGAUUUUGUGGAUUCUAUUAACACAUUCGCGGUGUGCAUUCCCAGCGAACGUCAAAAGAUUGGGUUGGAAAUCUACCGCAGGUUUCUCUCAGACAUGAGUGGCAAAAAGUUUCAUCAGCUUGGAAACAUUGACGACAACUCAGUGUUACAUGCUCUAGAAGGGUCCAACGAUGCUUAUCCUGACAAAGAACUCUUUCGUUCAAUCCUCAAGAUCCUUGAAGAUUUCUUACGAAACUCACCGUUUUCUGAAUUUCUAAAUUCAAUUUACUUUAAUCGCUAUCUUCAAUGGAAAUGGUUAGAAAAAACACCAGUCACCAAACACACCUUUCGAAUGUACCGAGUCCUAGGCAAAGGGGGAUUUGGAGAGGUGUGCGCCUGUCAAGUUCGAGCAACUGGGAAGUUAUACGCAUGCAAGAAAAUGGAAAAGAAACGCAUGAAAAAGCGUCAUGCCGAAAAUAUGGCCAUGAUGGAAAAGGAAACAUUACAACGAGUCAAUUCUCGUUUUGUGGUCAAUCUGGCGUAUACAUUUGAAACCAAAGAUGCUUUGUGCCUAGUUCUUACAAUUAUGAAUGGCGGUGAUCUUAAAUUCCAUAUCCAUAAUAUGAAUAAUGGCAGUGGUUUCAAUGAGAAUCGAGCAAGAUUUUAUGCCGCAGAAAUCACUUUAGGUUUACAACAUAUGCAUACACAAAAUAUUGUUUAUCGUGACUUAAAACCAGAAAACAUUUUGAUUGAUGAUCAAGGACACGUUAGAAUUUCGGAUCUUGGCUUGGCAAUAUAUAUUGAACCUGGUGGUACAGCUAAAGGAAGAGUUGGAACUGCUGGUUAUAUGGCACCUGAAGUAGUCAUGAAUACACGUUAUACAUUCAGUCCCGAUUGGUUUGGAUUAGGUUGUAUUGUUUACGAAAUGAUUAUGGGACAAGCACCAUUUCGUCGACGUAAAGAACGUAUUCGGCGUGAAGAAGUUGAUCGUCGUGUAUGUGAAGACACAGAAGAAUAUAAUUAUAAAUUUUCCGAUAAUUCAAAAAAAUUUUGUCAAUCUCUUUUACAAAAAGAUCCACAUUGUCGACUUGGUUGCGAUGAUGCUGGUCCCGAAGGUGUUAAGCAUCACAACUGGUUUUCCUGUAUCAAUUGGGUACGUUUAGAAGCUGGACUUGAGGAUGCACCAUUUCUUCCUGAUCCUCAUGCAGUUUAUGCAAAGGAUGUUUUAGAUAUUGAACAGUUUUCUACAAUUAAAGGUGUUACUUUAGACAAUAAAGAUAUGGAAUUUUAUAAAAAGUUUUGUUCUGGUGCUGUUAGUAUACCAUGGCAGAAUGAAAUGUUAGAAACUGGUUGUUUCGAUGAUUUAAAUGAAUUUUAUAAAUCUGAUGGAACUUUAGUAGAUAAUUUAAAUCCCGAUACUCCACCUAUUCAACAAAACUCUCACAGUCAAAGUAUUUUCAGUAGGUUGUUUAAGCGUAAACAUCGACCACAUGGUCCCCCUAUUGAUGAUAACCAACCAAUAUUUAAUAAUACUAAUCCAGUAGACACUGAAGAGCAAAUAACAACGAGUGGUGUUUCAUCAGGAUUAGAAAAGGCUAAUAAAUCUGAUUUAUCGAUUGCUGAAACCAAGUUAUCAAAUCAAGAACAUUUAUUUAAACAAGAAAACAUUGUUAAAUCCGAUUGUUUAACGUCUAUAUCAACUAAUACACUCGGUACUCAGAAUGAUAUAAAGACUGAUGAUUUUCUUACAACAAAAACAACUAAUAGUCAUUGUAGUGUGGAUUCUAGCGCUGUAUCUCAUAAAAUUAUCAAUUCGAAGCGUCAACAUUCACAUUUUUGUACUUGUUUUUCAACUCUAUGCUGUUCUUGUACGAAAUAA